UAGUCAUAUCUAACACAUAUUAUUGUUGAAUAGUCAUUAAAAGUUAUACAAAAGCCAGAGCUGCAUUUCUUUUAAAUUAGUUUUUGGCACUUGAUCCAAUGCGACACAAAACCGAUCAUUUAUGAAUAACGAGUACGAGCGGCUAUUUCCAAUUAACGAAAUGUAAACAUAAGAUUUGCCUUCGUGUGCAGUUUCAGAAAGCCUUCGUACGAAAGCACCUGUGCAGAGUUUGAAAAAACGGCGAAUCAUUGACUAUUGCUUUAAUAUGUGAGAAACAAGCUCGCCAGGAAGCAUUUGCCCGUCCAAGUAGAUAAUCUAUUGCUGUUUUUAUAACUAUAAAUUAUAAUCCAAGUUUUUCAAAAUAAUGAACCAAGAAAUUCGCAUUAAGACAAAGCACUUCUAUGUCGUGCUAGUGAUAUUAGGCUUCCUGCUGAUAUAUAGUUUAAGUUCAAGCCGAGACUGUGAUGAGAAUAAUCAGGCACUGGAAGAUCCCGAGUUUGUUGCAGAACGGGAAGCCUUCCUGCCUAACCAGAAGGGACCAACAAUUUACGCCAUAACGCCAACGUAUUCACGACCGGUGCAAAAAGCAGAACUAACCAGGUUAUCUCAGGUGAUUCGACUGGUGCCGAACGUGUUUUGGGUGCUAGUGGAGGAUGCUGAUCAUAACACAGAUCUGGUUGCUAAUCUUAUUAGCAGAAGUGGUCUCCAAGAAAGAAGUGUUCAAUUAUUCGCGAAGACACCAACCAACAUGAAGCUUCAGGGGAAAGACCCGAAUUGGCUAAAACCUCGCGGCGUAGAGCAACGCAAUAAAGCGUUGGAUUGGAUUAGAAAACAUCUCGCUGAAAGUGGUGGGCGGGAUAGACACUCUGUUAUCUACUUUAUGGAUGACGAUAACACCUACAGCACUGAUUUGUUUAUUGAAAUGUCCAAGAUUGAACGGAAUAAAGUUGGCGUUUGGCCUGUCGGACUGGUCGGUGGACUUAUGGUUGAGAAGCCGGUAUUGAAUAGGGAUGGGAUUGUCCUGGGAUUCAACAGUGCAUGGCGACCGGAGCGACCGUUUCCGUUUGAUAUGGCAGGUUUCGCAAUAAGUUCCGAUCUUAUUCUGGAUAAUCCACAAGCGCAGUUUAGCUACGAAGUUGAACGUGGAUAUCAGGAAAGUGAACUGUUGCGGCACCUCACCAUUGUUCAUGAAAUGCAACCGUUAGCUAAUAAGUGCACCGAUGUGCUGGUAUGGCACACGCGUACUGAGGCACCUAAACUUGACGCGGAAAAGCUAUUGAUAAAGUCUGGCAAAAGAUCUGAUGACGGACUCGAAGUUUAAUGAUAAAUCUCGCCCACAUUUGAUAGACUAAAAAAGCCUUUUAAAACCAGCAAUACGAUAUAAUCGAAUGUCGUUUUGAUGUACGUUUAGUUCACAAAAACUUGCCUAGUUGUCAUAGUAAUGUGGAAAGCAAGCAAAAAUAUUAUUUCGGUUACUUUCUGAUAUUGUAGCAUAAAGAUGUGUAUAAAAUGGCCAACAUUCAGUAUUAGUGAACAAAUCCGUCGACUUCAACAUCAGUUUCGGAGAUAGCAUGUAAUUUUUUUCAAUGUAGAUAUAAUUCAUAAAAAAUAGAUAAUGGUCUUUAGAGUUAUGAAGCGCUUUUGCUAUAUGAUGCAGAAUAAAUCCAAACAAACAAACACAUUUGAUCAUAUCUUAUAAACGGAAGAGUAAUGAAAUUACGGUAUAAUGCGUUCUUUCGAGAUACUGUUACUACACACUAGUAGUGCUACAUGCACAUGACAGAUAAUCUUUCCGGUUUAACUGAAAUCGAUCUAAAUUUUGAUAGUAUAUUAAACGGAAUUUUAUGUUCUACGAGGUGCUUCAAAUGUUAUAUUGAAAUACGAAAACGCGACGAGAAUUCCUGGAUACAACUAUUUUAAUAUUCAUGCGAAAAAUUCUAAUAUUUCGGCUUGACUUUCAUGGCUUUUCACACAACAGCCUGUGCCUCCCGAAAAGCCAAUUUAUGACAGAUAAUAAUGGAAAUUGGAAUGCAUUGAAAAAGUUCCCCUAUUUUGUACCUAUGUUUAGUACGUUUUAUCCGAAUAACGUAGAAAGCGCUCAAAACAGAGAUUAUAGUAAAGCUAACAUUUUUUGUCUGGUUCAAUAAUAACGAUCUAAACAUUGUCGUUGCGUAAGAUUAAAAUAAUUCGCAACUCCAGAACUUUUCUCAACACAAAAAUUACCGAUGUCUUCAAUACGAUUUGGAAUAUGUUUACUAAACUGAGAACACUCAGUUGCCAUAAAUUUAAUUUUGGUAUGGGACCACUAUCAGUUAAGGUGUGCAAAUGUUUCGCGAAUAAUAUUUUGAAUUCCUCAAAACUGGAAUCCGAAAAAGUUCUUGUGAUAAGUUUAAAACUACUGCAUUGGUAACAUUGAAACCACCUGCUUCCGACAUCACGAAUAGACCUUGCUAAGGAUGAUUAAAGCUUGAUAGUAGAAAUAACAUAUAGCCGUAGAUAUAUUCAAUGAAACAUUGAAAGGAUUUUCAAGCUCGAAUCAGCUUGUGAUUAGUUUAGUGUUUGCUCAAACAAACUAGAUUUAACACAAAAUAUAUGAGAUAUUUCCUAUUUAUGAUAUUUGAGGUUGAUAGAUUUCGAUAGACGGCACAAUGAAAAUAUUUUUAACUGAUGCACAUUCAUGUACUCGUAUUCAUAGAACAACUUUUAACAUGCAGAAACAUUUUAAAUGUGUUUUUCAAGAAGGCUCGUCAGACCACAAAUGUAUAAUGUCAAUUGAAUAAAAUUAUGUUAUUAAAUCAA